GCAAGAUCAAAAGUGAGCCUUUUCUGAUUGCUGCAUAGUGUCAAUUGGCCAAUCUCUUCUCCCAGGGAAAAAAAAAAGUAAAUCAAACCUUUGAGAAGCAUUUGCUGGUUGAAGUGCUUUCUGUCUAGUGAGGGGGUCUGUGGAUUUCUAGUUUAUGAUAAAUAGGACUUUAAAAACCAGGGACAGGAGGGCGAGUGUUCAGGUUCUAGAGCUAUGCAGCUGGAGCACUGCCUUUCUCCUUCUAUCAUGCUCUCCAAGAAAUUUCUCAAUGUGAGCAGCAGCUACCCACAUUCAGGCGGAUCUGAGCUUGUCUUGCACGAUCAUCCCAUUAUCUCGACCACUGACAACCUGGAGAGAAGUUCACCUUUGAAAAAAAUUACCAGGGGGAUGACGAAUCAGUCAGAUACAGACAAUUUUCCUGACUCCAAGGACUCACCAGGGGACGUCCAGAGAAGUAAACUCUCUCCUGUCUUGGACGGGGUCUCUGAGCUUCGUCACAGUUUCGAUGGCUCUGCUGCAGAUCGCUACCUCCUCUCUCAGUCCAGCCAGCCACAGUCUGCGGCCACUGCUCCCAGUGCCAUGUUCCCGUACCCCGGCCAGCACGGACCGGCGCACCCCGCCUUCUCCAUCGGCAGUCCCAGCCGCUACAUGGCCCACCACCCGGUCAUCACCAACGGAGCCUACAACAGCCUCCUGUCCAACUCCUCACCGCAGGGCUACCCCGCGGCCGGCUACCCCUACCCACAGCAGUACAGCCACUCCUACCAAGGAGCCCCGUUCUACCAGUUCUCUUCCACGCAGCCCGGACUGGUACCCGGCAAAGCGCAGGUGUACCUGUGCAACAGGCCCCUCUGGCUGAAAUUUCACCGCCACCAAACGGAGAUGAUCAUCACCAAACAGGGAAGGCGCAUGUUUCCUUUUUUAAGUUUUAACAUUUCUGGUCUCGAUCCCACGGCUCAUUACAAUAUUUUUGUGGAUGUGAUUUUGGCGGAUCCCAAUCACUGGAGGUUUCAAGGAGGCAAAUGGGUUCCUUGCGGCAAAGCGGACACCAAUGUGCAAGGAAAUCGGGUCUAUAUGCAUCCGGAUUCCCCCAACACGGGGGCUCACUGGAUGCGCCAAGAAAUCUCUUUUGGAAAAUUAAAACUUACAAACAACAAAGGAGCUUCAAACAACAAUGGGCAGAUGGUGGUUUUACAAUCCUUGCACAAGUAUCAGCCCCGCCUGCAUGUGGUCGAAGUGAACGAGGACGGCACGGAGGACACCAGCCAGCCUGGCCGCGUGCAGACAUUCACUUUCCCCGAGACCCAGUUCAUCGCCGUCACCGCCUACCAGAACACCGAUAUCACACAAUUGAAAAUAGAUCACAACCCCUUUGCAAAAGGAUUUCGGGAUAAUUAUGACACGAUCUACACUGGCUGCGACAUGGACCGCCUGACCCCCUCGCCCAACGAUUCCCCGCGCUCGCAGAUCGUGCCCGGGGCCCGUUACGCUAUGGCCGGCUCUUUCCUGCAGGACCAGUUCGUGAGCAACUACGCCAAGGCCCGCUUCCACCCGGGUGCGGGCGCGGGCCCCGGGCCGGGCACGGACCGCAGUGUGCCCCACACCAACGGGCUGCUGUCGCCGCAGCAGGCCGAGGACCCGGGCGCGCCGUCGCCGCAGCGCUGGUUUGUGACCCCGGCCAACAACCGGCUGGACUUCGCCGCCUCGGCCUACGACACAGCCACGGACUUCGCGGGCAACGCGGCCACGCUGCUCUCCUACGCGGCGGCGGGCGUGAAGGCGCUGCCGCUGCAGGCGGCGGGCUGCACCGGCCGCCCGCUCGGCUACUACGCCGACCCGUCGGGCUGGGGCGCGCGCAGCCCCCCGCAGUACUGCGGCGCCAAGUCGGGCUCGGUGCUGCCCUGCUGGCCCAACAGCGCCGCGGCCGCCGCGCGCAUGGCGGGCGCCAACCCCUAUCUGGGCGAGGAGGCCGAGGGCCUGGCCGCCGAGCGCUCGCCGCUACCGCCCGGCGCCGCCGAGGACGCCAAGCCCAAGGACCUGUCCGACUCCAGCUGGAUCGAGACACCCUCCUCCAUCAAGUCCAUCGACUCGAGCGACUCGGGGAUUUACGAGCAGGCCAAGCGGAGGCGGAUCUCACCCGCCGACACGCCGGUGUCCGAGAGCUCGUCGCCGCUCAAGAGCGAGGUGCUGGCCCAGCGGGACUGCGAGAAGAACUGCGCCAAGGACAUAGGCGGCUACUACGGCUUCUACUCGCACAGCUAGGCCGGCCCUGCCCGCCCGGCCCCGCGCCCCGCCGCCGCCCGGCCCCCCAGCCAGCCCCUCGCAGCUCUCCCCAGCUCUUCCUCCCCACGGCCCACCUCGCG